AUGCCAUUUCAGACACUUUUUGAUUUGACAGCCAGCCAGUCAAUCAGCCAGUCAGCCAGCCAGCCAGUCAAUCAGCCAGUCAGCCAGCCAGCCAGCCAGCCAGUCAAUCAGCCAGCCAGCCAGUCAGUCAGCCAGCCAGCCAGCCAGUCAGUCAGCCAGCCAGCCAGCCAGCCAGCCAGCCAGCCAGCCAGCCAGUCAAUCAGCCAGUCAGCCAGCCAGCCAGCCAGCCAGCCAGUCAAUCAGCCAGCCAGCCAGUCAAUCAGCCAGUCAGCCAGCCAGCCAGUCAAUCAGCCAGUAAGUGGUCCUAGUAGUCCUACUCUCAUAUAGAACAUAAUCAACUCAUGCAAACAUUAGUUAAUCAGCUCCUCCUCAGUGAUGUGGUGUUAUAGAGAGAGUUCCUUAACAUGACAAACUACAGUAGAGCCUGUCUCUGCUACAGUGUGCAUCAAGCCAGGCAGGCGUAUCUGCAAGUAACAGGUUCUUCUCCGGCUACCAGACGCACAGCGAUGAUGUCAUCAAGCUUCAGAGGCAUGCUCAUUGGACCCUCCCACAGCAUAUCCAUGGUAACCUCCUGCCAUGCCAACGGAACAGAGCAGGGUUCGGAGUUCGGAGUUCAUCGGCAGCCCCAGUGGUUCUGCUACAACACCUCACUGACACAUCCCAGACGUCAUAUCUUUCUGGAAGAGAGAAAUAAGUUACAAGAGAGUGCGAGGAUGAAACGGAUUCAACAUUCACUUCAUUUGUUUCCAGCAAAACUUGCAACUAUGCUCCAUUAGGUAGUAUUUCAUGACAACUGUUUGGUCAAGCCAGGUGUGAACUCCUGUGUCAGCGGAGAAGGAGUUUGGCACAGUGACAGGCUGGCAAACUGAGCUGAGCUUCACCUUGGUGAGAGGACCAUCACUACUCUCAAGGUCAACCUGCUAAACACACCCAGGCUGAUGGUCUGAUAAUACACACUGGCUGUCAGUCUAUUAGGACAAGGUCAACCUGCUAAACACACCCAGGCUGAUGGUCUGAUAAUUCACACCGGCUGUCAGUCUAUUAGGACAAGGUCAACCUGCUAAACACACCCAGAGAACACACAGCCAGGUUGCUAGGCACCAGCCUUCCUUCCAUCGACCAGUAGCAGGGCAGCACCAAGACCCCCAGUAGUCCUGGUCCUUGUUGCUACUGUUUUUGUUACUUUUCUGUUGCCUAGGAGAUCUAUACUAGACAAGAGCUGGGCCUGCAGGAACAAAUACGCUCCCCCACCUCUCCCCCACCUCUCCCCCACCUCCUCCUCCCCUCCACCUCUCCCCCACCUCCUCCUCUCCUCCCACUCUUCUCCCCCACCUCCUCGAUCUCCCCCACCUCUCCUCCCUCUCCACCUCUCCCCCACCUCUCCCCCCCACCGCUCCCCACUCCUCCUACCUCCUCUCCCCCACCUCCUCCUCUCCCCACCUCUUCCCCCUCCUCCUCCGCUCCCCCAGCUCUCCUCCACCUCUUAUCCUCCAACCUCUCCUCCCUCCCCCUCCCUCCCCCCCCUCUCCUCCAUCUCUUACCUCCACCUCUCCCCCACCUCGUCCUCCCACCUCUCGCCCCACCUCGCCUCCCCCCACCUCCCUCCGCUCCACCAACCCUCUCAUCCCCCUCUCCGCCACCUCUUCCCCCCACCCCCACCUCUCCCCCAUCUCUCCCCCACCUCCUCCUCUCCUCCACCUCUCCCCCCCCUCCUCUCUCCACCACCUCUCCCCCACCUCUCCUCCACCUCUCCCCCACCUCUCCUCCAUCCUCUCCUCCCCCCUCUCCCCCACCCCCCCUCCUCCCCCCCCUCUCCCCACCUCUCCCCCACCUCCCUCCUCUCCCACCUCUCCUCCCCCCUCUCCUCCACCCCCCCCCCCCACCUCCCCUCUCCCCCAUCUCUCCCCCACCUCCUCCUCUCCUCCACCUCUCCCCCCUCUCCUCCUCUCCCCCCACCUCUCCCCCACCUCUCCCCACCUCCCUCCCCCUCUCCCCCACCUCUCCUCCACCUCUCCCUCCACCUCUCCCCCAUCUCUCCCCCACCUCCUCCUCUCCUCCACCUCUCCCCCACCCCUCCUCCUCUUCCCCCCCCCCCUCCCUCUCCCCCCCUCUCCCCCCCUCUCCCCCCUCUCCCCCCCCCUCUCCCCACCUCUCCCCCCUCUCCCCCACCUCUCCCCCACCCAUCUCCUCCUCCUCUCCACCCCCUCUCCUCCACCUCUCCCCCACCUCUCCUCCACCUCUCCUCUACCUCUCCCCCACCUUUUCCCCCCCUCCCUCCCCCUCUCCCCCCCUCUCCUCCCCCCCUCCCCUCUCCCCCCCCUCUCCUCCCCUCUCCCCACCUCUCCCCCCCCCUCCUCCCUCUCUCCCCCCCCUCUCCCCCACCUCUCCCCCCCCUCUCCCCCUCUCUCCACCCCUCUCCUCCCCUCCCCCCCCCCCCUCUCCUCCCCCCUCCUCCCUCUCCCCCCCUCUCCCCCCUCCCCAUCUCCCCACCUCUCCCCCACCUCCUCCCCACCUCUCCCCUCUCCCUCUCCCCCCCCUCUCCUCCACCUCUCCUCCCCACUCUCUCCCCCACCUCUCCUCCUCUCCUCCACCUCUCCCCCACCCCUCCUCUCUCCCCCACCUCUCCUCCACCUCUCCCCCACCUCUCCCCACCCUCUCCCCCACCUCCCUCCACUCUCUCCCCCACCUCUCCUCCACCUCUCCCCCACCUCCUCUCCCCCACCUCUCCUCCUCCCCCUCUCCACCACCUCUCCUCCACCCUCUCCCCCACCUCUCCCCACCUCCUCCCCACCUCUCCUCCAUCCUCCCCCACCUCUCCUCCCCCACCUCUCUCCUCCACCUCUCCCCCACCUCCCUCUCCCCUUCCCCCCCUCCCCCACCUCUCCUCCACCUCUCCCCCCCCUCAUCCUCCCACCUCUCCUCCACCCCUCCCCGCACCUCUCCCCACCUCUCCCCCCAUCCUCACCUCCACCUCCCCCCACCUCUCCUCCACCUCUCCCCGCUAUCCACCCUCCCCCUCCAUCUCCCCCCCUGCUCCUCCCCUCUCCCCCACCUCUCCCCCCCCCCUUUCCUCCAUCUCCUCCCCCUCCCCCCCCCUCUUCCCCCCCCCUCCCCCCCCAACCCUCCCCCUCUCACCUCCCCCCCCCCACCUCUCCUCCACCUCUCCCCCAUCCUCCACCUCUCCCCCCCUCUCCCCCCCCUCUCUCCCCCUCUCUCCCCCACCUCUCCCCCACCUCCUCCUCCACCUCUCCCCCACCUCUCCUCCACCUCUCCUCCACCUCUCCCCUCACCUCGCCCCCCUCCACCUCUCCCCCAAACUCCCUCCACCUCUCCUGCCACCCUUCCUCUACCUCUCCCCCCCCUCUCCUCCACCUCUCCCUGCCCCCAACCUCUCCCCCACCUCUCCUCCACUCUCCCCCACUCUCCCCCACCUCUCCUCCACCUCUCCCCAACCUCUCCCCCACCUCUCCUCCACCUCUCCUCCACACCUCCACCACCUGCUCCCCUACCUCUCCUCCACCUCUCCCCACCUCUCCUCCCCCUCUCCCCCACCUCUCCUCCACCUCUCGCCCCCACCCGUCAUCCCCCCCCCCCUCGUCCUCCACUCUCCCCUUUUCCUCCCCCCCUCUCCUCACCUCUCCCCCACCUCUCCUCCCCCCCGUCUAGAGUAUCCUCCCCCAUCUCCCCCACCGGUCUCCCCCCCCUCUCUCCCUUCGCCUUCUCUCUCUCCGUUAUCCACAGUAAUGACUACCAGGAGCUGGCCGAAGACAACUGUCUGUCCCUGGUGUGUACUGCUGACCAGAACCAGACUGAUCCCAUCUCCCUGGUGUGUACUGCUGACCAGAACCAGACUGAUUCCGUCUCCCUGCUCUGCUGUAUGGUGCUGAUAGAGGACUGAUUAAAUCUCCCUGCUCCGCUGUAUGGUGCUGAUAGAGGACUGAUUAAAUCUCCCUGCUCCGCUGUAGCUGCUUAUGAGGACUCUUAAUCUCCCUGCGCCACUGUUAUGGAGGCUGCUAGAGGACGGAUUAAAUCUCCUGCUCCAUGUAUGGAGGCUGAUAGAGGACUGAAUUAAAUCUCCCUGCCUCCUUGUAAUGGGAAAGGCUGAUAGAGUACUGAUUAAAUCUCCCUGCUCUAUUGUAGGGCGGCGGAUAGAGGACUGAUUAAAUCUCCCUGCUCCAUUGUAUGGAGGCUGAUAGAGGACUGAUUAAAUCUCCCUGCUCCAUUGUAUGGAGGCUGAUAGAGGACUGAUUAAAUCUCCCUGCUCCAUUGUAUGGAGGCUGAUAGAGGACUGAUUAAAUCUCCCUGCUCCAUUGUAUGGAGGCUGAUAGAGGACUGAUUAAAUCUCCCUGCUCCAUUGUAUGGAGGCUGAUAGAGGACUGAUUGAAAUCUCCCUGCUCCAUUGUAUGGAGGCUGAUAGAGGGACUGAUUAAAUCUCCCUGCUCCAUUGUAUGGAGGCUGAUAGAGGACUGAUUAAAUCUCCCUGCUCCAUUGUAUGGAGGCUGAUAGAGGACUGAUUAAAUCUCCCUGCUCCAUUGUAUGGAGGCUGAUAGAGGACUGAUUAAAUCUCCCUGCUCCAUUGUAUGGAGGCUGAUAGAGGACUGAUUAAAUCUCCCUGCUCCAUUGUAUGGAGGCUGAUAGAGGACUGAUUAAAUCUCCCUGCUCCAUUGUAUGGAGGCGAUAGAGGACUGAUUAAUCUCCCUGCUCCAUUGUAUGGGGCUGAUAGAGGACUGAUUAAAUCUCCCUGCUCCAUGUAUGGAGGGCUGAUAAGAGGGACUUAUUAAAUCUCCCUGCUUCCCUUGUAUGGAGGCUGAUAGAGGACUGAUUAAAUCUCCCUGCUCCAUUGAUGGGGCUUAUAGAGGAACUGAUUAAAUCUCCCUGCUCCAUUGUAUGGUGCUGCUAUGGGCUGAUUAAUCUCCCUGCUCCAGUGUAUGGAGGCUGAUAGAGGACUGAUAAAUCUCCCUGCUCCAAUUUGGAUGGAGGCUGAUAGAGGACUGAUUCAAUCUCCUGUCUCCAUUGUAUGGUGCGGCUAGGGACUGAUUAAAUCUCCCGUGCUCAUUGUAUGGAGGCUGAUAGAGGACUAUUAAAGCCCCUGCUCAUUGUAUGGAGGCUGAUAGGGGACUGAUAAAUCCUCCCUGCUCCAUUGUUGGUGCUGCUAGGGGACUGAUUCAAUCUCCCUUCGCCAUGUAUGUAGGCUGAUAGAGGACUGAUUAAAUCUCCCUGCUCCAUUGUAUGGAUGCUGCUAGGGGACUGAUUAAAUCUCCCAGCUCCACUGUAUGGUGCUGCUAGGGGACUGAUUAAAUCUCCCUGCUCCAUUGUAUGGAGGCUGAUAGAGGACUGAUUAAAUCUCCCUGCUCCAUUGGAUGGAGGCUGAUAGAGGACUGAUUAAAUCUCCCUGCUCCAUUGUAUGGUGCUGCUAGGGGACUGAUUAAAUCUCCCAGCUCCACUGUAUGGUGCUGCUAGGGGACUGAUUAAAUCUCCCUGCUCCAUUGUAUGGAGGCUGAUAGAGGACUGAUUAAAUCUCCCUGCUCCAUUGUAUGGAGGCUGAUAGAGGAAAUAGACAAGAGGGGAAAACAGGUAGAUGGAAAUAAAUGAAAACCUACAACUAAACUAGAAUGUUUUUUAAAGAUUUUUAAAAACGUAGAACUGCUUUAAAUCUAUUAUAAUGUUGCUUUACUUAAUCAAGGUUUAAACAAACAAUAGGCCUGAUCCAUCCCGUCAGCCUCUGAUGCUGCCAUAAUUUCACAGUAGCGCUCUCUCUCUCGAUUCAAUUCAAUUUAAGGGCUUUAUUGGCAUGGGAAACGUGUGUUAACAUUGCCAAAGCAAGUGAAGUAGAUAGUAAACAAAAGUGAAAUAAACAAUAAAUAUUAACAGUAAACAUUACACUCAGAAGUUCCCAAAGAAUAAAGACAUUUCAAAUGUCAUAUUAUGUCUAUAUACAGUGUUGUAACAAUGUGCAAAUAGUUAAAGUACAAAAGGGAAAAUAAAUCAACAUAAAUAUGGGUUGUAUUUACAAUGGUGUUUGUUCUUCACUGGUUGCCCUUUUCUUGUGGCAACAGGUCACAAAUCUUGCUGCUGUGAUGGCACACUGUGGUUUUUCACCCAGUAGAUAUGGGAGUUUAUCAAAAUUGGGUUUGUUUUUGAAUUCUUUGUGGGUCUGUGUUCUCUCUCUCUCUCUCUCUGGAUGAGGAGAGUGGGGUCAGAUGAGAGGUUAUCUAUGAAUGGAUGAGGAGAGUGGGGUCAGAUGAGAGGUUAUCUAUGAGUGGAUGAGGAGAGUGGGGUCAGAUGAGAGGUUAUCUAUGAGUGGAUGAGGAGAGUGGGGUCAGAUGAGAGGUUAUCUAUGAGUGGAUGAGGAGAGUGGGGUCAGAUGAGAGGUUAUCUAUGAGUGGAUGAGGAGAGUGGGGUCAGAUGAGAGGUUAUCUAUGAAUGGAUGAGGAGAGUGGGGUCAGAUGAGAGGUUAUCUAUGAAUGGAUGAGGAGAGUGGGGUCAGAUGAGAGGUUAUCUAUGAAUGGAUGAGGAGAGUGGGGUCAGAUGAGAGGUUAUCUAUGAAUGGAUGAGGAGAGUAGGGUCAGAUGAGAGGUUAUCUAUGAAUGGAAGGGAUUUGCCAUUAGAUGAGGAGAGUGGGGUUAUUAGACAUUUUAAAAGGGGAAUGGAACUCCAGGGGCGCUGUAAAAUGGCAAACCUUGCCGUGACACCACUCCCUGCAGGUGUCUCAGGGGGAGUUGGGAUAUGCAAAAACACAUUUCCAUUACAUCUUUGUACAAGUGUGUAACAGGACAAAUAUAAGCACCCCCCAAAUUAUUAUUAUGUGGCCUGGAGGCGGAUGUGUUGACCUCUGAUCUCAAUCUUCUUUGAUACUUAAUUUCCUUCUAACCCCUAGGUGACACCAGUCCAGUCAGCCUCUAUAAUAACCCAUAG